AUGGUCUCUUUCUCCGCUCUCUUGGUGGCUCUUACCACCGCCGUUGGAGUCUUUGCUCUCCCUGGAGACCUGAUCAAGCGUCAAUCUACACCAAGCUCAACCGGAACUCACAAUGGAUACUACUACUCUUGGUGGACUGAUGGUGGCUCACAAGUGACGUACACCAAUGGAGCCGGGGGCUCGUACUCUGUUGUUUGGCAGACUGGUGGAAAUUUCGUCGGUGGAAAGGGAUGGAACCCGGGCAGUGCGAGAACCAUUACCUACUCGGGAACCUACAGCCCCAACGGUAACAGUUACCUCGCCGUCUAUGGAACCUACAACCCCUCCUCCGGCGCUACAAGGAAGGGCUCCGUCACCAGCGACGGCGGAACCUAUGACAUCUACGUUAGCACUCGAACCAACGCCCCGUCCAUCGAGGGCACCAAGACCUUUCAGCAGUACUGGUCUGUCCGCCAGAGCAAGCGAACCGGCGGCACUGUCAACACCGGGACACACUUCAACGCCUGGGUUGCUGUCGGAUUGAACCUCGGUACCCAUGACUACCAGAUUGUUGCGACGGAGGGCUACUUCAGCAGUGGCUCUGCGUCAAUCACUGUUGGCUCUGAUGGCGGCAGUACCAGCCCGCCUUCCACCAGCAACCCUCCACCCAGUGGCGGUGGUGGAAGCGUAAGCCUCCCGAUGGUAGUCUCAUGA